UCCGCCUCCGAAGACAAUUCGGCUACAGUUACAAUGGACAACUCGGGAUUUCAAGAAUCCACAAAUUCGUUGAAGCUGGACAGGUCAGUCAGUGUCAAUGCUGAAGUGGAGAGCUAUCCGCUCUACAGGACCCCCACAGGUAUGAUUCUCAGGAAGUGGAAGUGGACUCGUGGUGAACCUGCGGCGGUUUUGGAAGAAGACUUUCCUUCCGACGAGUUUGAAUACAUGGAAUGUGGACCUUCCCCUCCGGCUGAUCAUACGCCUAAUAUUUACGAGAGCUUCGAAGAAUUCUCGACGAAUCAUGAGUUGACAGUGCAAAUAUGCCAUGACACGAUUAAAAUGAACCUACUGGAACAUAUGAAGAGUUCAUCAGGUAGACAUCAGCUUUUGGAUGACAUUGAGAGUAAGAAAGUGCAGCAAGAUAAUUUAGACACAUUUUUCACUGGAGCUUCGAAAGUCGAAGUAAAUAUUUCGUUUUUAUGGGCAGCCUUCAUGAAGCGUUGGGAUUUAUUAGAUGGAUUACUAAAGCUGAGUGCUCAGAUGCAGUACUUCGAGCCAAACCAAGGGUUGAGUGCUCUACAUCUGGCAGCUUUUAGUGGCUGCUUGGCAGGAACCCAGUUUUUGAUACAGCAAGGUUGCGAUGUGAAUGCAACAUACAAGUGUUACACGCCUUUGCAUUGCUCUGCUUUCGGCGACAGCCCGGAGACGGCUAUGAUAUUAUUAAGUAGUGGUGCUAAAGUGAAUGCAUUAACGGCAUAUCCACUCGAUUGUCACGAGAGCGUAUUACAUUGCGCUGUUAGAGCAAAUGCAAUUGCCUGUGUGCGAUUGUUCACUGCACAAGGAGCGGAUGUAGGCCAAGUUGAAUUUGCCGGAAUGUCCCCGAUACAUUUAGCCGCCGAUCUAGGACACCCGCAGUGCUUGAAGAUUAUGCUAGAAGCUAAAGGGUCUAACCCGAAUGGGAAAACAAGAGAUAAAGACCUCACAGCCCUUCAUUUGGCUGCGGAAGGCGGAUACGUAGGAUGCAUCGAGCAUCUACUAGAUAAAGGUUGCGAUGCAAAUGUCCGUAAUUACAGAGGGCAGUCAGCACUGCAUUUUGCAGCCAGGGCACAAUCACUGGAUUGCGUCGAAUUGCUCCUGAGGAAAGGUAAUUGCAACCCUAACAUCCCCGACUUGGACCAGAGGACAGCCCUUCAUGCAGCCGUUGGCAAAGCUGCGAGAUCAUACGAUAUCAUAGAAAUCCUAAUUAACUGGGGGGCGGAUGUUAAUUGUAAGGACCAAUACGGAUACACACCGCUGCACAUCGCAGCUUUAAACGAACUUUCGCAAUGCGUCGAGGUAUUAAUUUACAACGGGGCCGAUGUUACUGCCAAAUCUAAAUUUGGGAUGACAGCCUUAGGGAUUAUUACAAGGAAAACUCCGGCCUCCUUGGCCAUGAUUACUCAAAAGCUCGACGCAGCAAUAACACUUCACCACCAUCCGGAAUCGUCAAAUCGAGAGGUGGAAUUACGUUUGGAUUUCAGAAGCAUAUUGCAGCAUUGCCAUCCUCGCGAAAUUAGUGUUCUCAAUACAUUUGUCGACGAAGGUCAAAAGGAAAUCCUACUGCAUCCACUGUGCUCCGCUUUUCUAUACCUGAAAUGGGAGAAGAUCCGCAAAUAUUAUAUUGCCCGUAUGCUUUUUUGCUUGAUUUUUGUACUAAGCCUAUCACUGUACGUGUUGACCGCUUUAGCUCAUAACUGCUAUAACCAUGGAAAGAACAUGAACGAGAGCCAACCUCAGAAUGUUAUUGAGUUGUGCGAGAAGAAAUCGAUGAUGGGGCACAUGCUGAGGAACAAUCCCUUUGUAAUAGAAAUGCAAUGGUUUGUCCUCGUUGGAAUCACCGGAUGCGAAAUACUCCGAAAAGUAUACGGUAUUGCAGGAUAUCCAACAGUCAAGCAAUAUCUCUCGCAUCCUGAAAACAUAAUCGAAUGGUCCGUAAUAGCCAGUGUUUUCAUAAUUUCGUUCAUUUACACAGGAAGAACCUACACUUGGCAGAAUCACGUUGGAGCUUUUGCUGUUUUAUUCGGAUGGACAAAUCUGAUGUUAAUGAUAGGUCAAUUGCCUAUUUUUGGAUCGUACGUAGCUAUGUACACCAGAGUCCAAGGAGAAUUUGCCAAACUUCUGCUCGCGUAUUCUUGCUUAUUGGUAGGUUUCACUAUAAGUUUUUGCGUUAUAUUUCCCGACUCGUCUACGUUCGCCAAUCCGUUCAUAGGUUUAAUAACGGUUUUGGUGAUGAUGACGGGUGAAUUGAGUUUGGAUCUGCUCGUCGAUGACGACCCAGAGGAUCCACCAUUCUUACUGGAAGUAAGUGCUCAAGUAACUUUCGUUCUUUUCCUUCUAUUCGUCACAGUAAUUCUAAUGAAUCUGUUGGUUGGCAUAGCAGUUCAUGACAUACAAGGCCUCCAGAAAACUGCAGGAUUAUCGAAAUUGGUACGCCAAACUAAGUUAAUCUCCUACAUGGAAUUGGCGCUAUUUAACGGAUAUUUGCCGAGAUAUCUGUUAAAUUUACUGCAUUGGACUGCACUAGUUUCUCCUAAAGCUUACAGAGUAGUAUUAAAUGUGAAGCCGUUAAAUCCCAGAGAGAAGCGAUUACCUCGCGAUAUACUAAAAGCUGCUCAUGAGAUUGCAAAGCAGAGAAAGAAUUAUGGUAAUACAAUUUCGUCUCAGGGCACACAGGUGUCCAACUAUACAGGUCACAAGUGGAUCAACAAUAACAUCGACCAAGGUAAUGACACAAUGGCGGAUUACGCAACCAGUCUUUCGCUGCUCCAGAGUAAUGUAGAAAAGAGCAGUGAACAAAUAGAACAUCUGAGCAGCGAAGUGCGCGAGCUGAAAGACGCUCUGCUGAACAAUAAUCAAAUCAUGGAGCAACUGACUAUCCUGUUGGCACCGAAGAAUGUCAAUUGUUCGAAUUGCUGAAUCGAUUUAUAAUAUGGUACGAAUUUCCAUCGUAAAUGCCUAAACUAUAGAAAUAGAGUUCUCCUCGUGUGUUAUGCGAACUAAAAAUUUCUAAAUUGUGAUAUUAGUAACGUAGAUAAUAUAUUUAUGGUUAAAAUAUCUUUUCACGUUUUGUUGUUUACAAGUAAUUAUGAGAAGAGUAAUUGUUUGGCCGUUCAUUGUGCACAAUUUGAUAAUCGUCUCGUCUACUUUUUAUUGUUAUUGCUUUAGUGUGAGCUUAACAUUUUACGAAUAAAGCCUCGGUAAACAACAUUUCCACUGAUCCUUUGUAGUUUUUCACGAUUGCGUGCGCGAAAUGACGGUCGCUCUGCUGUAUAAUAGAGACCUUCAUCAUAUAAUUAUUUAUUGUUAGUUUCCACAGUGCAUAGCAUAUAGUAAUUUGGAUAGUUUUAAUUUU